UUUUUUUAAACUUUCUCCCCGGAGCACAACAAGUCGAUAUGUCCGAGUGGUUAAGGAGACAGACUUGAAAUCUGUUGGGCUACGCCCGCGCAGUUUUUUAGAUUGUUAAAUCUGCGUUGAAGCUAAGAAGGAAAGGAGAGAUUGAUCGGGAAAUCGAGUGUUGCAGUAACUGGAAAAUGAUGGAAGAGAAGCCUAUCGCGAACUCAAAGACGACGCAGGAGCUAGCAAUGGAAGGGCAGAAGUAUCUAGAAGAGACGAUAGAAGCAGCGUUUCAGAUCCUCUCUUCCAUGAACGACGAGCUCUGUAAUCCUGCUUUGUGGACCACCACAGCUUCCUCCAAUGCUACUGGACCCAACGUCGCAAUGACUAAUGGACCUCCUUUGGUUUCCUCCAAUGGCGAUAUCUCGUCUUCCGAUGGAGCCUCUCAUCACUUAGAUAUGGGUGGCGGCGGAGGCGGAGGCAGCGGCAAUAGCGCCCUCGAUGAAGCUCGCCUUCGCUACAAGAACUCCGUCGCUUCUCUCCGUGCUGUUCUUGCUGCUAUUCCCAAUUCUCAAAAGGCAAAAGCAUUUGAUAUGAGUUCAACUACAGGUGCUCCAGGAUUGCCACCAGAUCAGGCAGAAAUAGAAAAAUUGGAGGCCAGGGCCUCUAAUCUCAGAACGGAGCUUGCAAACAAGAACACACACGUCAAACUUCUUAUAGAUCAGCUACGAGAUCUCAUGACAGACAUAUCAACGUGGCAAAGUCCCUAUUCUGUGUAAAUUUUGGAUUGGUCAUCUUCAUUGUGAGAAGCUACUUCAGGAUAGUUGUGAUCUGAUGUCAGACACAUUCAUUCAUUUCAUUGUAUUUGUUAGAAUCAAAUUUGAAGUGGGUGAUUAGGUCUCCUGGGGGUAAAGAACUUCAUUGCUUUUGUAAAACCCCAAUUGAAAUUGCAGCAGGAAGGGUUUGUUGUAUCCAGACAAAUGUAGCAUUGGUCGACAAAUGUUUGAAAUACAGAAUUGGGUUCUGGAUAGCUUAAAGCUGAAUUCAUUUUUUGGUAA